CAAUUGUGCAUGGUUAUCAUUUCGUCCAAGUACAUAAAGAAAAUGGUGGAAUAUUUGUUAAUUAGUACAAUUAUUUUUUUUAAAAAAAAACUUUUGUUUGGGCACAUGAUUGCUUAUGAGUGUGUGGUUCUGAUUCAUGAUUGAUCUUGUUGAAAAUGAAUGAUAAUUAACUAACGUGGUUACAUAUUCAACUAAACCUGUUACUCUUUCUUCUCCAUUUGUGCUUUUUCUUCUUACCUUCCUUAACUGUCAUAAACUCUACACAGAUUAAUGGGUUAUUAUUCUUCUUCUUCUUUCAAUCCUCCAUGGAUACACGACGUGUUCAUCAACUUCAGAGGGAAAGACACGCGCCAAAGCUUUGUUUCUCAUCUGGAUGCCGCCCUUACAAAUGCAGGAAUCAACACAUACCUCGACCACCAGCUUCACAAGGGAACAGAGCUUGGACCAGAACUAUGUAGAGCAAUACAAGGGUCUCGUAUAUCUAUCCUUGUUUUCUCCAAAAACUACACUGAAUCUAGUUGGUGUCUUAAUGAGCUGCAAAACGUCAUGGAGUGCCACAUGACUCAUCGACAAUUAGUUAUCCCUGUAUUUUAUGAUGUUGACCCUUCGGUUGUGCGCCACCAGAAAGGUGAUUUUGGAAUGGCUUUGAGGGCUACUGCUAAGUUGCACUCACCAAAGCUGGUCAUUUGGAAGAGUGCACUCACUCAAGCUGCUAAUUUGUCUGGUUGGGAUGUCACCAAAUGCAGUAAUGAAAACAGUGUUGUGAAGGAAAUUGUUGACCAAGUUGUGAAAAAACUUGAAAAAAGACACUUAACUAUCCCAGAUUUUCCAGUUGGACUGGAAUCCCACACGGAACAGUUGAUUCAGUUUUUAAGACAAAAUACAAGAGGAGUUCGUUUAUUAGGGAUUUGGGGAAUGGGGGGGAUUGGCAAAAGCACCAUUGCCAAAGCUGUCUACAAUAAUCUUUGUUAUGAAUUUGAAGAACAAAGCUUCCUUGCUAAUAUUAGAGAAGUUUGGGAGAAAGAUAGCGGCCGAAUCGGUUUACAAGAACAACUUCUUUCAGAUAUCCUCAAAACAAGAAGGAUAAAGGUGCAUAGUCUUGAGUGGGGAAAAGCUAUGAUCAAGGAACGACUUUGCACAAAACGGGCACUUGUUGUACUUGAUGAUGUUAGUGAGUUUGAGCAAUUCAGUGCACUGUGCGGAAAUAGAAAUGGGAUUGGUCCGGAUAGUAUAAUAAUCAUCACAACAAGAGAUGUUCGUCUACUAGAUAUUCUUGGAGUUGACUUUAUUUAUGAAGCCGAUGGAUUGGAUCUAGAUGAGUCCCUUGAGCUUCUUAGUUGGCAUGCUUUUAGGGAGGCAAGUCCAACAAAAGGCUUCCUUAUUCUCUCAAGAGAUGUAGUUGCCUAUUGUGGCGGACUACCACUAGCUCUUGAAGUCCUUGGAUCUUACUUAUUCAUGAGAAGAAAACAAGAGUGGCACAGUGUAUUAUCAAAGCUAAAAAAGAUACCCAAUAAUCAAAUACACGAUAAACUAAAAAUAAGCUUCAAUGGUUUAAGGGAUCGUAUGGAGAAGGAUAUAUUUCUUGAUAUCUGUUGUUUCUUUAUCGGUGAGGAUAGAGCUUAUGUUACACAGAUACUAAAUGGUUGUGGACUUCAUGCUGAUAUUGGCUUAACAGUGCUGAUAGAGAGAAGCCUCAUAAAAGUUGAAAAGAAUAAUAAGCUUGGAAUGCAUGAUUUGCUACGAGACAUGGGAAGAGAAAUUGUUCGUGAAAGUUCACCUGAGGAGCCUGAGAAGCGUAGUCGAUUGUGGUGUCAUGAAGAUGUAGUUGAUGUAUUGACUUCUGUCACAGGGACAAAAGCCAUUGAAGGAUUGGUAAUGAAGUUUCAAAGGACCAGUAGCGUUUGCUUCGAUACAAUUGCUUUUGAGAAAAUGAAGAGAUUGAGGUUGUUGCAACUUGAUCAUGUACAACUCAACGGAGAUUAUGAGUGUUUUCCGAAGCACCUGAGAUGGCUGUCUUGGCACGGAUUUCCUUUAAAAUACACACCGGAAAACUUAUAUCAGAAAAAUCUUGUUGCUAUGGACUUGAGACACAAUAAUCUUACAAAAGUUUGGAAGAAGCCUCAGUUGCUAGAGGGACUGAAGAUCCUAAAUCUUAGUCAUUCAAUGUACUUGACAAACACCCCAGACUUUUCAAAAUUACCAAACCUAGAAAAACUCAUUAUGAAGGAUUGUCAAAGUUUGUCUGAAGUACACUCGUCCAUUGGAGUUCUCAAGAAUAUUCUUCUGAUAAAUUUGAAGGAUUGUACAAGUCUUGGCAAUCUUCCUAUAGAGAUAUAUAACUUGGCAUCAGUUCAAACUCUGAUCCUUUCUGGUUGUUCAAAGAUUGACAAAUUGGAAGAAGAUAUAGGGAAAAUGGAAUCCUUGACAACUCUAAUUGCAAAAGAUACUGGUGUCAAACAAGUUCCAGUUUCGAUAGUUAGAUCAAAAAACAUUAGAUAUAUAUCCCUAUGUGGAUAUGAAGGAUUAUCACGUGAUAUUUUUCCUUCUAUCAUUAGAUCUUGGAUGUCACCAACAAUGAAUUCCUUAGCACAUAUUCCCCCUUUUGGUGGCAUGUCAACGUCUCUUGUUUCCUUGAAUGUAGAUAGUGGAAAUAUGGGUUUGGUCUAUCAAUCACCAUUACUUGGCAGCGGUUCAAAACUUAGAAGUGUUUCGGUACAAUGUGACUCAGAGAUUCAACUAAAACAAGAAUUAAGAAGAUUUCUUGAUGAUCUAUAUGGUGCAGGUCUUACUGAAGUGGGAGCAUCACAUGCCUCACAAAUUUCGGAUCUUUCCUUGAGAUCCCUUUUGUUUGGGAUCGGAAGUUGCCACAUGUUCAUUGAUAUUCUUGGGAAGAACUUAUCACAGGGAUUGUCAGAUUACGAUUCUAGAGAUUCGUUUCUUCCGGGCGACAAUUAUCCCUCAUGGUUAGCCUAUAAAUGUGAAGGACCUUCAGUACCUCUUCAAGUGCCCGAGAACUGUGAUUUAUCCAUGAAGGGAAUAACUUUAUGUGUUAUUUAUUCAUCAACACAUGAAAACCUAACAACUGAAUGUCUCCCUAGUCUCUUGAUCAUUAAUUACACAAAAUUCACUAUCCAGAUUUACAAGCAAGACACGGUAAGGUCAUUCAAUGGUGAAGAUUGGCAAGGUAUAAUAUCAAAUUUAGGAGUUGGUGAUAACUUGGAGAUUUUUGUAGCUAUUGGGCAUGGAUUUACUGUUAAGGAGACGGCUGUCUAUCUAGUAUAUGACCAGUCAAAUGCUAUGGAAAUUGAGCAAUCAAAUACUAUGAAAGUUGUCCCAUCAACUGAUGUGCAAAUGGAGCCAUCAACUGAAGUGAAAGUACAACCAUCACCUAAUGUGAAAACGGCGCCAUCAGCUGAAGUGGAAGUACAGUCAUCACCUGAUGUGAAAAUGGAACCAUCACUUGUUGUAGAGAAUGAACAAUUCCCGAACACAGAUAGAAAAAUCUUUACAAGAUUUGCUAAGAGAGUGGGAGAAUGUUUAUGCUUGAACCAGAAUUGAAACCUCAGCAAUUUUUUAUUGGGCAUGACUAUUGUGUAAUAUGGAAAUCCCUUUUAUGUGUUUGUAAUAUUUUUCAGGGAGGGAGAAUGGAAAAAGCUUUGGCAUUAA